AUGAAGUACCAAAUCAGCACCUGCCUUAUGGCAGCACUUCCCCACCUCGCCGCCGCCAUGGCCCCCUUCGCGGCCCAGGAGAUAGUCCACGGACUCAAGGACCCCUCGCCGUUCCCCCAGUUUCUGCACGUCCGCGGGUCCCCCAUCGUCCGCCAGGCUCCGCAGCUGCACGACCGUCAGGCUGAGGGUACCUGCGGUAUCGCCCAAAAGGAGUGCGGUGGCGGCUGCAUCCCCGUGAGUGGCCGAUGCUGCGAUAACGGAAACUGGUGUGGUAUAAGCACGGUGUGCGACGAAGACAACGGCGGCUGCUGCCCUGUAGGGAAAACCUGCACUGGCGCCUCGGGCGCCUGCUCCGAUGGGAAGGAGAAAUGCGGUACUGGCUGCAUGCCGGCGGGUGCCUCGUGCUGCUCGUCCGAAUACUACUGCGACGCGGGCGAAACGUGCAUGGGGAAUAUGCUCUGUUCUGGGGGCGACGGCGGUGUAGGUGACGGCAACGGAGACGAUGGCGACGGCGUCGAUGGAGAUGACGGCGGUGACGAUGGCGGCGAUGUUGACGACGGCGGUGUUGGGGACGGCAACGGCGAUGAUGAUGACGGCGGCAACGUCGAUGGAGGUGACGACGGCGGCGAUGUUGACGACGGCGGCGAUGAUGAUGACGGCGGCAACGUCGAUGGAGGUGACGACGGCGGCGAUGUUGACGACGGCGGCGAUGUUGACGACGGCGGCGAUGUUGACGACGGCGGCGAUGUUGACGACGGCGGUGUAGGGGACGGCAACGGCGAUGAUGAUGACGACGGCAACGGCGAUGAUGAUGACGACGGCAACGGCGAUGAUGAUGACGGCGGCAACGUCGAUGGAGGUGACGACGGCGGCAACGUCAAUGGAGGUGACGACGGCGGCAACGGCGAUGGAGGUGACGACGGCGGCAACGGCGAUGGAGGUGACGACGGCGGCAACGUCGAUGGAGGUGAUAGCGGCAAUGGAGACGACGACGGCGGCGAUGUUGAUGACGGCGGCAACGUUGAUGGAGGUGACGGUAGUGGAGAUGACGGCGGCGACGGCGGCGGCGACGAUGGAGACAACGGAGACGAUGGCGGGCCCACGCCAGUUCCGGCCAGCGCGACGGGUAGGCAGUUCUCCUUGACGGUGGUGUGGGUGGCGGUGGCACUCUUUAUUAUCUUCUAG